GUUUCACUGUCGCUGAUUUGUUUUGAGAAAGCGACGGGCUUUCGUACAAUCUGAAAAAUCGUCCUUUGCAAGUAUAUAGCAGUUUACUUGCUAGCUGGUUAACUUGAACAGUGAACAUUCGGCAUUAGACAUUGAUAAAACUCAUGAGAUUUGGAAUGACGCACAGAUCAGUCGUAGCCUGUAAGCAAUGACGCAGCCGUCUUAUUCGUUUGUUGCUAGGGGAGGAGAAUGCAUGGUCACCUUAGCUGAUAACAGAGCAGGCAGCUGACGUAGACUAGACACCCAGUUAUUAGCCUGCAACGUCAACCUGUGAAGCUGGCGAAAUGUUAGUUAUAUACAGUAAGCGUGCUGAAAACUUCCUUCGGUUUGUGCAAUGUUCAAGUGAAAUACUUUGAUGAGGACAAUGAGGAGGUGUCCAUCAACAGCCAAGAGGAAUACCAAGAAGCUUUAAAGAGUGCGAUGAAGCAGGGAAACCAGCUGCAGAUGAACGUUUACAAGGUGAAAGGCCUGGCGAGCAGAGGAGCAGUGAAGAAGGAGGCCAAAGAAGUGAAAAAUGGAAUCAGGCCGCUCCCACUUUUCCCUUCAAUGGUCAAUACCGUAGACCGGGAAACGCAGGUCACCGCCCCCGAGCUGGAUCCGGCGAUUAUAAAGGAGGUCAAGGGAACCAAGGAGCAAGAUAAGACCCCAGCUUGGUUCACCUCUUACAUGGAGCAGUUCAAAGACCAGGUGGUGAAGGAGACGGUGGAGAAGCUCUGCCGUGAGUUCUCCGGACAGUGCUGCGUCCACGCGCCCCCUCAGGCUCCCGGCCCUGGCCCCGUCGCCACCCAGACCCAGGCGGCCGAGUUCGGCUCUGCCCUGCUGCAAGCCGCCGCCCCUGCCCCCGCCCCCGCCCCUGCCCCCAUCUGCAGCAGCUGCCUGGGACCGGCUUCAGGGGGAGGCUAUCGAUGCAGCGUGUGCCCGUCCUGCACCCUGUGUGAGCUGUGCAGCUUCAGCCACGACCCCAGCCACAGCCUGGUGAGGGCCAGGACGCCUCUCUCCAUCCCCGAGUACGGAGUCGCCGGGGAGCACUCCAGGUUCCACAGGAGGGGAGACAGAAGCUUCCGGAAGGCGGAGAAGCAGCGCUUGAAGGCGGAGAAGCGGCUGCUGAAGGCGGAGGUGAAGGAGAUCAAGAAGCAGCUGAGGAUGGACAGGAGAGGCCCGCAGCGCAAUGGCACCGGCGACGGGAGCGCGCACCUUGCCCUGCUCCAGCCCCGCAGCGCCCAGGCCAACAGCCCAGAGACUCCCAAGGUCUGCUGCCCCUCCAUGGUGCCCACCAUGACCGCCCUGUUCCUGGAUGAGAACCUGCCGGACGGGACCCGUCUGGAGCCCGGCACUAAGUUCAUCAAGUGUUGGAAGAUGAGGAACACGGGUACCGUCUGCUGGACCACAGAAACCAAGCUGAAGUUCAUGUGGGGGAACCUGGCCCUGGCCUCCAGCGAGAAGCAGAAGGAGGUGGCCGUGCCCUUCCUGCAGCCGGGCCAGGAGGGCGUGGUGAGCGUGGCCUUCCUGGCGCCCGUUCUGGAGGGCACCUACACCUCGCACUGGCGCCUGGCGCACCGCGGGGAGCAGUUCGGCCCCAGGGUGUGGUGCAGCAUCGUGGUGGACCCUGCUGCGGACGGAGGGCCUCCCCCUCCCCCCAAUACCCUGCAGGAGAAGGAGGACACGUGCUGCUCGAGCUCCAGGAGCCGCGCGGCGCCACCGCCCACGGACUGCCAGCGGGAGCUCUUCAUCCCCUCCGUGGACCUGCUCACGGCUCAGGACCUGCUGUCCUUCGAGCUGCUGGACAUCAAUAUCGUACAGGAGCUGGAGAGAGUCCCGCACAACACCCCAGUGGAUAUGACCCCCUGCAUGUCCCCUCUACCCCACGACGGCCCCCCGCAGGAGAAGCCGGGCCUGGGGCUCAUCAAGGAAGAGGCUGAGGCCUCGAUGGUGCAGAGCAUUCUGGGGGGGGUGCGGGCGGGACAGGCGGAGGCACCCGGCAUCCCAGCCCAGGAGGAGGGAGAGGAGGACAUCAGCGGGACGCAGUUCGUGUGCGAGACGGUGAUCCGCUCCCUCACCCUGGAGGAAGCGCCGGACCGCAAGCCUUUGCGACGGCCCCGGCCCGGCGGUAAUAAGGCUGGCUUCACUGCAGCCCAGGACCCGCCUCUGGAGAGAGCUGGGACAGAGCAGGGGGGGGCGAGGCGGGGGCCAGCCGUGGAGGGAGGAGACAGGAACCGCGAAGACCCCCCUGAAGUUACGGCCCCAGCCUUGGCCCCAUCCAAGGAUAUCCAAGAAGAGCCGGCAAUCCCAGAGGAGUGUGCGGAGUCGGAUAUUGAAAACACGGCCGAGGACCCCGUCAGCCCGUGUGAGGAGGAGGAGGAGGAGGAGGAGGAAGAUGGGGAGCACGACGAGGUGCGCAGCCAGGGCUCGUCAGCGUCCUCCGAGGAUUACAUCAUCAUCCUGCCCGACUGCUUCGACACCAGCCGGCCCCUGGGCGAGUCCAUGUACAGCUCGGCCAUGUCACAGCCCGGCAACGAAGGAGGGGCGGAGACCGACGCCGAGGCUGAGCUGGAGGCGGAGCCGGAGCUGCUGGGCGGGGCCGCGCCUACGGGCGAGAGGGAGGAGCGCGGGGUGCCCGCCCUCGCCGCGCCCGAGCCGAGCAGCGUCAACGACAUGCUGUGCGCCUCCCAGACCCUGGACGCCGUGCCCCUCACCCCUGAAGUGGUGCCCGUCCACUCCCCUCCGUCGCAGCCACCGCCUGCCUCGGCCCACGUGGUUAGGUCUGAGGCCCCCUGUGCAAUGGAGAUGGCAGCAGAGGCCCUGAGCAUAAAUGACCCAGCUGGACCCGAGCAGACAGCAAAUGGGUUCAGUCCGGUGCAGUCACGGGGUCCCGCCAGGCCCUCGGAGACCUGUGACUCCCGACCGCGGACCUCUCAAGAUCUCAGGUGGGACGUCCGGCACCGUGGACCACGGGGUAGCUCACAACACAAGAGGACACAUGGUGGCAUCACCGGGGGACUGGUUAAGGGAGCCCUGUCUGUUGCAGCUUCAGCUUACAAGGCCCUCUUCACCGGGCAGCCAGGCCCCACACAGCCCCCCGUAGACGCGGCCAGCCAGGAGGCCACCAUGAUGGCGGUGCUGCUGGAGAUGGGCUUCGGCAACCGGCAACUCAACCAGCGGCUCCUGAGGAAGCAUGGCUACAACUUGCUGGACGUGGUCAACGAGCUGGUUCAGAUGAACGACAACGAGUGGUACGCCACUCGCUACUGAGGAGGAGGGAACCACUCCUGCAGGGGGGCGAACCCACCUGUGCCGGCCACCCCACCCCCCCACCCCUGUCCUAUAGGAAAAUGUCUCCUGUCAUAGUGUAGAUCAGCUUGGCUUCACCCGAACUGACCUGAUUGUGUGGAAGCAUUGGUGGCCAUCUCUCACUGUUUGGGGGCCAUUAUAUACCCAUCUCCCCCCCCUCGCCCCUUUUUUUAAACUGAAGGGGGCGACUUCUGAUCGAGUAAUAGUUCGCUCAUAUAAAGUGCUUUCACAACUGCAGUUUUUCAAGAUGGCUUUAAGAAUGUACCAUAUGAGCAAACAGCAGAUAUAAACAAAAAUAUAUGACAUGGGGGCAUGGAAAGCCUAUAUUGAUAUUAUACCCUCCAGAAUAUUUGUUUGAAUAUCUGCUGAAACAGUGUGUCAUAGCAUUAUGUUAACUGAGGUAGCGGCAAGAGUUUGCAGCCAUUCGCAAAUUGACAAUGCGUCAAUAUUACCAGUAGUCGAUAAUUCCUGCAAAAAGCUUGCAUGACCAUCUGUACCAUCGAAACCAGCUUCCUUUGUCACCUGCUAGCCAUUCUGAAGAAAACGGACACGCGGUGGUGUAAAGACGUGCAAGGGAUCAAAUGUGAGACAGCCAGCUGAAUGUUACUGACCUCAAUGCUGAGCUGUCUCACCGUUCCUUAUCCACAAAGGGCCAAAGGUAAAGCGUGCUAUUGUAGAUCUAAGGGAAAAAAAUGUCUGCAGUGCUUGACAGAAAAAAAUAAACAUUCCCACAUAUCUGUAGAAUUUUUUUUUUGAAGAGAACAUCGUUGGCUAUUAAGCCAUUUCGUGCAGUGACUAUAUUGGUAAAUAAUAUAUUCAAGUUAUGACUGAGCAUUUUAGGGCCAUAUUUGUAAAUGGGUUUUGAAGUAUUAGUUUUAUAUAGAGAGAGUUAGUUUUUUGGCCUGGUUCUCAGAAAGAAAUUAGGAAAAUAAAGGAUUUAAUGUUUGAAAGUAGUAAUUAAAUUCCUCUCGGUUGCGGUUAGGGUUAGAGCUAGGGUUAGGGUUAGGGUUAGGGUUCUACUUUUUAAAAAAUUCUACUUUUUUUUUUUUUUUUUUGCACUGUUUCCUACUUUUUCUGAAUUUGAAAAUGCAUCCUCUUUUCAGUUUUACUAUUGUUUGCUCACUUAAGUACAGAAAAUAGCAGGCUGGAUAGAAUCAGUUUGGCACAAGAGCUCCUUGAACUUGUCUUCAACGUUUUGGGCAUAGGACACUUAACAUCUUAACAGCCCUUUAAACUGAAUGCAUGCAGCCUCCUUAUGUUGCCUGAGAGCUUAAAGGUGCCACUUCAGUGCCGCUAGAUUGGGAUUCGCGUUUGACUCUUUCCUUACCUCUGUGUGCUGAAACUGACCAAAUCUGAGAUCUGGGCAGUUCUGCGAGGCGUUCAGUUCUAUCUCCGAAAGCCUGAAUUGCCCAAAGAACUUAAACCCUGAAUGCACAGUGAGUUAAUGUACACACAGGAAGUUAAUGUAUUCUGGAAGAAAUUGCUGAAAUGCUAAGAAAAACAACUAUAUAUUUUUUUCAGAGAUACAAAAGCAAAGGGAAGUGGGGUUAUAUAAGCAGAGGAAGUGCUCAUAUUUUCCCCCUUUGUCAGCUUGAUGAGUGUCCAUCUCACAUCCUUUCCCCCCCUCCUUUUGUUAUCAGUGAGUGUUCAGACUUGCAGUGCAACAAAAUGCACUGGCCUCUGCUUUAAAUUCUGAUCCCAGCUAUUACAGGAAUUUAGAAACUCAGAAAUGGUGGCAGGGGAGGGGAGAGGUUAUUUUAAUUGUCACACUGGGUUUGUGAAGAGAGUUGAAUAAGCAGUCUGGGAGACGUAAGCUAUUUGGCGACUAACGUGGCUUCUCGUUGUUUUUAUCGCACCUGGCAUUUGUUAAGCCCUGGAGGUGCUCUGUUUUUCUGUAGAUUAAUGUCAGAGAAAAAACCAUGAAUGUAUCUGAAGAAUAAUUUAGAAUUUGAAGAAACUUGCACAUGAUCAUAUUAGCUUUACUUUGAAAAUGUGAUACUAUAAAACAGUACAAUUGUAUUACAUCUAUUUAUGUAUUGCUGGGGGAAAAAAACAUAUUUUUUGAAGAUUAAAUCAUGAUUUCCUUGUGUCGAAGCAUACAGUAACUGCUACUCAGUUACAGUAAAUGCAGUAGAAUGGCUGGAAAAUCAAGAUGCUUUUCCAGGUGUCCAUGGGCCUGUUAGACAUUUCUCUGGUCCUAUAGAGAAACUAAGAUUGCCUUCAGUUCAACCUCUUCUCUCAGCUUUGCACAUGCAGAGCCCCCCACCCCCACCCCCCCACCCACCCAUUAAUGGAUGUGUUCAUACCUCAUUAGUUCUCUGAAACAGGGUUCAUAUUGGCCGUUGUCAAAAGAUGCCAUGUUAUAUGCUGUUUUAGUAUGGAAUAUUGACAUGAAUUUCCUGUAGAAUUACUGAAUGUGCACAAGCUUUGACAUGGCCUGCACAGAAUGUUAGAAGUAACAUUUUCCACCGGCAAGCAGAGUCCUUUAAUGUUUGUGUAUCCAGAAAGAGGAACUAUUGGUAACACUGAAAUUGAUUACAGUUGAAAUGUUCUAGCUUUGUUUUACCUGCUUUUCACUGUUUUUGGUUAGGCCUGAUUGAUUUUGUAAGUGAGUUAGCUCACAGGUGAAUGGAAGAAAGCACUGAAUAACUCCUCCGACACAAAGGAUCGUGGAACGGCCAAACUGGUGGCAACAAGUCAUUUGUAUUUGCUUUGGGAGAAUAGGAAGAACAGCAAUCAUGCUCUUACUGUAUCACAUAGGGUAAGCGCUUCACACACGUGUAAAACUUGUUGCUGAUAUGAUUUAAUAAAGAAUAAUUACAUCA